AUGGAGCUGAUAAAGAACUUAAUGAGUCCCAGGUCAAGAAGAAAGAAGCUGGAGCUGGCUGGUGGGGAUGUAGGGAGCAGCAUCAUGCCAGCAUCACCAAACAUCUUUGGCCUACCCCUGGAAGAGCUUAUGGCUAAAGCCCCACCAAGUGCAACUGUACCUCCAGUGAUUAGCAGAAUCUGCGAAUAUAUUUACAAAUAUGGGCUAGACAAUGUCGGACUGUUUAGAGUAAGCGGCAGUGUGAGGGUCGUGGAAAAGAUACGCAUGCAGUUUGAGCAGAUGGGGGAUGCCAACCUAGAGGAGGAGAAUGAUGUUGCUGCUACAGCAGGACUUCUGAGAGUGUUCUUGCGGGACCUGCCUGAUACUCUCAUUCCUUCAAGGCUUACUAGACAUUUCUUCUCUGUAAUACAAGAUUCACAACGAGACAAAAAUACCCUGGUGGCGGAAGUGAAGAAGGCACUGAACCUGCUGCCUGUGGACAACUACAACCUGCUGAAGUAUAUCUCAUCCUUGCUGGUGGUGGUGGCAGACAACGAAUCUGAUAAUAAGAUGUCUGCCAUGUCGCUGGCCAUCUUGUUUGGACCAAAUGUGUUCAAAUAUGAGUUGACCUCUGGCAUAGGAGGCCUCAAGGACAUGGACAGCAGCAAGGAUGUUGUGUUUUUGUUUAUAUCAGAUUACAACUCACUAUUUGCAGAGGAAGGUGAUCUGAGCCCGAAGGAAUUCUGGGAAAGUUGUCGUAAGAAAAAGUUGCCACCACCAAGACCUCCUCCACCAAAAGUGCAGUCAUUACCGUGCUUCUCUCUGCCGUCUGCUGACAAUAUUUCCACCAUAUUUCCAAAUUCAGCUUCUUUUUCAUCUCUGGACUUAUGCCCUGUUCCUUCCCCUAGAAAAAUUAAAACCAUCAGCGACAGCAAUUCCAGCUCAGAUGUGGAUGGAAGCCAAACACCCAUCUUUUCAGUUCAUCACAUGACACCACCUCUUUUUAGUCCCAAAGAUGAUGCAGAGCACACCAGAUCAUUCUCACCCUUUACCCUUGAAAGCGACACUCACAGCAUUAUAGAAUCCCCAGUGAUCACAACAGGCACAUACAAGUUUGUCGAGAAGACAAUUGAAGAAACUGUGUCAGAGCACAUCUUUGGAGUAUUGGAUUUUAACCAGAACUCUGGACAGCAGUCACCAAGAUCACCUCGGAAAAAUGCAUUUGUUGAUAUAGACCUGGUCGAUGGGUCUCCUGUGGAUAACCCUGUGAUAAAACCAAGCAUUGUUGCAACAUCAAAGCCUGGAGGUAGCAGCAGAGCAGUAGCUUCCAGCAGUGCAAAAAUAACAUCACUGCUGCAGCCCCCAAUUGAUGGACCAUCAACAAGUUUACAGGACUUUGACAGUGUUGAAAGAAGUGAGGUGUUAAAGUCGGAAAACACAGACAAGGAAAACGAAGGAAGCUAUCCUCACGAGAGUGACAGAGUUGGUGGCAGUCCUCCCUUUAGACCCAAGAGCUUGCACAGAAGUGAUGGGAAAGCCUUGUCAGUUCAGUCUCUGAGUAUGCAGAACACCAUAGAACCUUCAGCUAGCCAGCAGUCUCCUUCAAGUGGGUCAAGCAUAUCAGACAGGUCGCCCAGCAGCGCCAUCAAGCUGUUCAUACCUCCACUUGAUCUGUCUACACUUCAUGAGCAUGUGGACGGAGUGGGUAAGCAUAGAUUUUGUCUUAGUAUAUAG